AUGCAAGCCUUGAGAAGUUUAUUCAUGUGCUUGUUCUUCUUAUUCUCCCUCUUAAGAAUCUCAGCUGCAACUGCACUGGUCACGAUCACUCCGAGUGGAUAUAUAAGAGAUGGCGACACUCUGGUUUCAGUAGGUGGAAGCUAUGAACUGGGAUUCUUCAGCCCUGUUGUGUGGGUAGCCAACAGAGAAAUACCACUUGGUGAUUCUUCGGGACUUUUGAAGCUCACCAAGCAAGGAGUGCUGGUCCUCCUUCUCAAUAGCUCAAACAGCAUUGUGUGGUCAUCGAAUUCAUCAAGAAUUGCGGGGAAUCCAGUAUCGCAACUAUUGGAUUCUGGAAAUCUUGUGGUCCAAGAUAGGAAAGAAACUAACCCGGAUAACUUCUUGUGGCAGAGUUUUGAUUAUCCUUGUGACACAUUCCUACCGGAAAUGAAGCUUGGUUGGGACGUGGUUACCGGUUUAGAGAGGUAUAUAUCGUCUUGGAAGAGCACAGAAGAUCCUGCUCCAGGGGAGUUUUCGGUACGAAUAGAUUAUCGUGGCUUACCACAACUUCUUCUUAUGAAAGGAGCUAAGAUACAGGCUAGAGCAGGGUCAUGGAAUGGCCUUUAUUUGACAGGACAUGGCGGUUUUGUGAUGAACAGGUCUAUUUUGAACAUUUACAAUGGUUCUCGAGAUUUAAGAAGUACCGUUUCUUCAAGCCAGGACAAGUAG